GCCCUACAACAAGGUGGUAAAGAAGCAUUUUUUUAAACAGUGGGCAGUAACUGCGAUUUGUACAGUUUUAGGGCAAUUUAUAACUAAAAUCUGUAACGUUGUAGCUAGACUCAUGUAUCUGAUAACAGAAAAUCGAAAGGAAUGCGUCCGACAGUUUUUUAUCUGGUCAAGAAAUUCAAUAUAGUGCGUUCAGAAUAUUUUCUCUGACAUUCUAAGUAGUUUUUUUAGUUUGCAGUCGAUUUAUAAUAGAACCAAAACAUACAUGUAGUGUAGUUAUUAAACAUGCAUUUUUAAUGUCCAAAUCACAGUUCUGAGUUCAGUUGUACCUUUCCUUUGUGGUGGAUGUUCCUGUCAAAGAUUUUUUAAUCAAAAUACUGCUCGUCUAGUCGUAUUACAAGUACACAGAAGACAAGAGCUGAAUGUAAAAUAUCUCGUUUGAGUGACUGCUCACACAAUGGCCUUCCGAAGAGCCAUAAACCUUAUUCCAAGAGGAAAGGAUUGUGCUUUUAGCCUUUGGAAACCUCGUCUACACAUAUCCCCAUGCUCUAUCUUUAAAGAGCACACCAACAGUCUGUAUGGCACAUCUGUAAGAACUCUUCACGCUGGUACAACAUUAAUGGUAGCCAAGCUGCUGACUGUGGAGGAGCUUUUUGAUAAGAGGUCUCUACAGGAAUACCUGAAAAAGAUAGAGGUGGAGUACAGUGAAUGCUUGGAAGAAGUCAACAGAAAUCUGACGGACCAACAGUGCAGUCAGGAUGAACUGAAGGCCAAGAGGACCAAAGUGACCCUGUUGGCUCCUCUUGUCCGGAGCAUCAGAGAGCUGGACACUAAACAUGAAGAGAUGGCUGAGACUGAGAUGUUGCUGAAAGAUGAAGAUCCAGCCCUGAGUGAACUGGCAGAGCUGGAAAGAGAAAACUGUUUGAAAGAUAUUAAUGAUUUAAGACAAAAGAUCCUGGAUCUAUUGAUCCCUGAAGAGGAGGCAGAUCUGAAUGACCUUGUGCUGGAGGUCACAGCCGGUGUUGGGGGACAGGAGGCCAUGCUGUUCACUGCUGAGGUGUUUGACAUGUACCAGGGUUACGCUCACCAUCACGGUUGGUCCUUUGACAUUCUGGAAUACACGACCAGUGAACUAGGUGGACUUCGACAUGCCUCAGCGAGUAUCAGUGGCUCCCAGAGCUACAAGAGGAUGAAGUUUGAGGGUGGUGUCCAUCGAGUUCAGAGGGUCCCCAAGACUGAAAAACAGGGCAGGAUGCACACCAGCACCAUGACUGUAGCUGUGCUGCCCCAACCCACCGAGAUCUCUUUCACAAUAAGUCCAAAGGACCUGAGGAUAGACACAAUGAGAGCAAGUGGAGCAGGAGGACAACAUGUGAACACCACAGACAGUGCAGUCAGGAUAGUCCACCUGCCAACAGGUGUAGUAGCAGAGUGCCAGCAGGAACGGUCCCAGCUGAAGAACAAGGAGAAAGCCAUGAAGGUUCUGAGAGCAAAACUGUACAGUAUGAAGUUAGAGGAGGAGACCAGCAAACGCUACAACCAGCGGAAAAUACAGAUUGGCACCAGAGGCAGAUCAGAAAAGAUUCGCACUUAUAACUUUUCCCAGGACCGAAUAACAGACCACCGGAUCGGCAUGACUGUGCAUGACGUGAAGAGUUUCCUGUUGGGAGAGGAUGUGUUGGAUGAGAUGAACUCCUCACUGCAGGAGUUUUCGAACCAGGAGGCACUCAUGGAACUGCUGGAAGAAAACAACCAGGGGGGGUCAUGAGGGAAUUUGAAUUCGAAUUUGAAUUUGAACUCUAAUGAAAUGGAAACUUCAUGCCACAAGUUUUACUAUAAGUUAAUCCUACAGCACAUUCAAUUUUGCAACAAAAGUUGUGCUAAAGUACCAUAAUAGAUUUUGAGAGGAGCAAGGACUAAUGCUUCUGCUGAUCCCUAUCAGUGGUUUGCAUGAACAUGGACGUGGUAAAUAAAAUGUCCUAGCAACAAAUGUUAAAUCAGUGACCUUGUAUUUUUUGAGAAUGUAUUAUUUGAAAAUUAUUUAAAGUUAUUUUUGUGAUUUUCAUUCAGUCACAAGAGAAGUGGUGUAUUUGGGCACAGAUGUAGGCCAACAAGGUUUGAAUUGUUCUCAGUCCAGCUGGUCCCAAAGGUGAUGGUUAGAGCGUAAGUCAAGAAGGCCCUUUUCUGGCCAUGCAAGUGUGUCCACACCAGACUAGAAAAACUGUUCCUGAAUUUAUUUAUUUUUUAUUAUUAUUUUUUUUUUUUUGUGAUGUGUGUGUUGUUUUUGUUUUUUUUUUUUUAAACAAAACUGACAUGUUAAACGCACUCAUGUCUCGUUUUUAUACAGAACUGGAUAUUAUACAUUUUAAAGAACUAUUUGUUAUUUGGUCUUAAAAAAAAAAGAAAAUGCUGGAAAGACGGUUUCAUCAAAUCCAAUUUGACUAAUGUUGAUAAGUUGACUUAUUCAAAUUGGUUGUAUAUCCAAGCCACAGCCAGACAUUACAUUGCUGUUGGAAGACAAAUAAAACCACCCAACGGUGGU